AUGAUUUACAAUGCUAGUAAUGACUCAUUCGUAUCUGAUCCCUUGUCCAACGCCAUGACUAAGUUCCAUGACUAUGGGCCUUUUUCCAAACGCUUACCUCACCUGUGCUGUAAUGGAAGAGUAGCCAGCUCUUAUCUCGAUAUUGCCGGUCAUCUACCUCUCUAUGCGGCACCCAUGCCAAACCCUCUCACGACCACAGCUCCCCAUCUCCUCCUAUCUCGCCUUCCCAUACCCCUAAAACCCUCCAUCUCUCCACCGCCCAACAAGAACAAGCUCCCCUCCCCUCCACCCCCUCUCCAAAACCCCCCUACCCCUAAAAAUUCCAUUAGCCACAACUACCCAUCAUACAUCCCACCCUCUUAUAAGCCCCCAUCCUUCCUUACCUGUUCUCCCCCACCCCUUUUUACAAGUCCCUAA